CCCAGAGACUCGCCGAGAUUGUACCGUUGCCGGACUCGGCUUCUCGUGCUUUUUUCCUGAAAAUGUUUACUUUGAUGCCCUCCACGGGGAACAUGCAUUUGCCGUGUGGGGAUCGGCGCGUUUCUCCUCUUUUUUUUUUGCCUUUUCUUCCCGACGGCUUUCCCCCCACCAUGCGGAGUGAUUCUGGAGUACGGAGUAUAGCAAGUCACAUUCCACCCCCCCUUCUCUCCCUCCUUACUACUAUGUAGUACUCUUACUCCCUGACGGCGUACAUUCCUAUUAAAGCCCAAUUGAUUUUCCCAAAAGACAAAAUUGACUCGACCAUGACGUCCCCACCUUUCCGAACCCUGUCUUUUCAUUUGUCUAAUGAUGAUGAAUUUUGAGCACUUUCUUCUUACUUGGCUCCCACACUCAUGGGACGAUGAUGGUUUUCUUUCUUUGUGGAGGAAUGGGGUGACUGACAUGCCUGAUCAUGUCCUUCCUUAUUAGUCCCGUAGUUUCUCGGCUGCCCGAAUUUCACUGUUGGCUUUUCCCUUUUCCUCCUCCACCUUCUUUUUCUUCUAUCAUUUCCAGUGAUCACUGGCCUUCUGUGAUAAAAAUCGGAAGGUUUUAGCCGGUUUAUCGCUUCUUACACCAUACACGUAUUACCCUGCUAUACUCAUCAACUUCCAUCAUGGGAUCCCUAAAUGAUGUUGAGGCAUCCCAUGAUGAUCACAAGGAUGCCACCGCCCUGGAGAUGGAUGAUGUCCUCCAGGAUCCCAAAGGCACUGAUGCGUUCAACGAAGCUGCCAUGGACGCAGAACUCCAACAUCUGGAGGAACAGCUGCGUACCAUGAAAAAGUCCCGAUUCGAAGUCACGUUAUCCAACCCUGCCUUCUUCACCUAUGUCCUGGUCGCAUUUGCCUCCCUGGGUGGUCUCCUUUCUGGUCUGGACCAGUCCUUGAUCAGUGGUGCCAACCUGUACAUGCCCGGAGACUUGCAUUUAUCCGACAACGACGGUAGUUUGGUUAAUGCUGGCAUGCCGCUAGGCGCUGUUGGGGGUGCUCUAAUCCUUUCUCCUGCCAACGAGUGCCUGGGCCGUCGCAUGGCGAUCAUCGUAUCUUGCAUCCUUUAUACCAUCGGUGCGGGUUUGGAGGCUGGAGCGAUCAACUUUGACAUGAUGUUUGCUGGUCGGUUCAUCUUGGGUAUGGGCGUUGGUCUGGAGGGUGGCACUGUUCCAGUCUACGUUGCUGAAUGUGUCCCCGGCCGGGUCCGUGGUAACCUAGUCUCGCUUUACCAGUUGAACAUUGCUCUAGGUGAGGUGCUUGGCUAUGCAGUUGCUGCCAUAUUCAUCGACGUCACUGGCAAUUGGCGUUAUAUCCUUGGUUCAUCUUUGGUCUUCUCAACCAUCCUCUUGGUUGGGAUGCUUUUCCUGCCCGAGAGCCCUCGUUUCUUGAUGCACAAGAACAGACCGGUCGAAGCGUAUGGCGUAUGGAAACAUAUCCGUGGGUUCGGGGAUGUAGACGCCAAGAGCGAAUUCUUAGGUAUGCGACAGGCGGUGGAGUCCGAGAAUGAAAUGCAGCAGCACACCAAGAAAUUCGCGUGGAUGGACUUCUUCACCAAUCCCCGUGCUCGCCGUGCCAUGGUCUACGCAAAUAUCAUGGUCUUCCUCGGCCAGUUUACCGGAGUCAACGCGGUCAUGUAUUACAUGGGUGUGCUAAUGGGCGGCAUCGGUUUUGACAAGCGCAACAGUGUCUUCAUGUCGCUGGUCGGUGGUGGCUCGCUGCUGAUCGGCACAAUCCCCGCGGUCAUGUACAUGGAGAAGUUUGGCCGCCGUUACUGGGCCAAUGCCAUGCUCCCAGGCUUCUUUAUCGGCCUCGUCCUGGUUGGGGUCGGUUAUCAAAUCAAUGCAGAUAAAAACCCCGUUGCCGCCGAAGGUGUCUACCUCACCGGUAUCAUCCUGUACAUGGGCUUCUUUGGCUCCUACGCUUGUCUGACCUGGGUUAUCCCCGCCGAGGUGUUCCCCACCUAUCUCCGUAGUUAUGGAAUGACUACCGCUGACGCCAAUCUUUUCCUCUGCUCCUUCAUCGUGACCUACAACUUCACCGCCAUGAUGAAAUCCAUGACCCGCAUCGGUCUUACUCUGGGCUUCUACGGUGGCAUCGCCGCGCUCGGCUGGUUCUACCAAAUCAUUUUCAUGCCAGAAACGAAGAACAAGUCUCUAGAAGAGAUCGAUGAUCUGUUCUCCAAGCCUACCUCAGUCAUCGUCAAAGAGAACGUCAAGAGUACUGCACAGGUCAUCCGUGAUCUCUGUCAUUUCCGGUUCAAAAAGGUGUUUAGCCCUAGCGCUUAAGUUGACCCUUCUAUCUCGAUCUAUUUUGCUUUUCUGUCAUAUAUGUCAUGUCAUAUACAUCCUGUCAGGAUAUUUCUCCACUUCAACGAUUCAAAAGCGAAGGUAAUGAGCAAUGCGCUGUUAUGACCUGUAGUUAAAUAUGGCUGCCUCGAGCCAUUCAUUAUAUUCCAUUACCGCUUUCUGCAGAAUAUUCCAAGGGUGGUGUGAUUAUAGUGAAUAUUUCAGACAAAGGGAAAUUGAGAAACAAAAAAAUCGGUGAAUAAUCAGCAUAGG